AUGUUUUCGGCAAUUCUAAAGUUACCUCAACUCAUUCAGAUUCUUUAUAACAGAAGUGGCAAAGGUUUAAGCGAAUCAUCCUUAUUCAUGGAAAUUACUGCAAAUGUUCUCGCUUUAUGUUAUCAUCGACAAAAAGGUUUUCCUUUUGCUACAUACGGCGAAACUUUACUUAUUAUGACUCAAAACAUAUUGAUUGGAUACUUCGUCACACACUUUUCCGAGAGAUACAAUCCUAUGACGUGGAAUGGAUUUAUGAUUUUGACAUUCUCACUAAUUUUCGGUGUAGAACACGGCGUUGUUAGCAAUACAGUAAUGAACACUCUAUGGAUGAUAUGCCUUCCACUAUCAAUUGCGUACAAAAUACCUCAAAUUUGGUAUACAUAUAAAGCUAAGUGCAAAGGAGAACUUUCUACACUUUCAUGCUUCCUUACACUCAUGGGAUCAUGCGGAAGAGUAUUUACAACAAUCAGAGAAGUUAAAGAUUGGUCUGUUUUGUUAAUGUACCUAUUGAAUGUUCUUUUGAACGGAACAAUAUGGAUACAGUGCCUUAUACUUCCAAAGAAAGCAGAUUACAAGAAAACAUAA